AAGGACCCCAUCGACUUCGACGCAGAUUAGAAUAGACGGGUCCUCCUUGGUAGCGAGUGUGAUAUUUUCUUACCUAAUUUUUUACCAUAUUAAAGAAAGAUGCCCAAAGUAAAGAGAAGUAGAAAGCCGCCUCCGGAUGGGUGGGAGCUCAUCGAGCCGACUCUGGACGAGCUGGACCAGAAAAUGAGAGAAGCCGAAACUGAACCUCACGAGGGCAAGCGAAAAGUGGAAUCGCUUUGGCCGAUCUUCAGGCUGCACCACCAGCGAAGCCGCUACAUCUUCGACCUCUUCUACAAAAGAAAGGCCAUCAGCAGAGAGCUGUAUGACUACUGCAUCAAGGAGGGCUAUGCAGACAAAAACCUGAUUGCCAAAUGGAAGAAGCAGGGAUAUGAGAAUCUGUGCUGCCUUCGCUGCAUUCAGACACGAGACACCAACUUUGGAACCAACUGCAUCUGCAGAGUCCCUAAGAGCAAGCUGGAAGUGGGAAGAAUUAUUGAGUGCACCCACUGUGGCUGUCGAGGGUGUUCUGGGUGAAUCCGUGUGCAGUCUGGCCUUCCCAUGAGACAUCAGGGCUCAUCCAACUUCAACCUGUGUGCUUGACAACCCCAGAGUGGCCUGGCCUAGAAACAUCCAUGCCACAGUCCCCAAAUCAACCUUCAACCUCCAGUGCACUUCUGCUGGUCUGAGAGAGCAGGGCAGGGCAGGGAGAACCAACAUGGCUGCUGGAACCAUUUGAAAGUCAAGCGGCCAUGUUGGUUGAACCUGUGAUAUCUUAGAUCUCUGUUAGUGUAGGUAUUAGGGCUUGGGUUUUUGGUUGAUUUGGGACUGGAUUGAUCUUUUUCACUUAGUUUUACCCCUGAAUUGUCCUCAAAGCUGAAGAACUGGGAUGAUUGAAAGGCGCAUAGUGGUGAGAACCACCUUGCAUCUAAAAUUGCUCAGGGUGUCAUUUACACCGAAUUCUUUAAUUUCUGCAAAAAUUGAGGCGUUGUGGGCCUGAGAGGGAAUGUCGGGGUUGUCUGUUUGCAGAGUACCAUUCCAGUUGUUUUGUGCUCAUUACGGUCAUUUAUAAGUGCUAUUGUAUCUCAUUUCAUAUAGGGGGGGUAGGGGGAGUGUUUUUUCAUGUCAUUGUUUUGAACCUGAUGACGUUUUUCCUUGUACUUGAUCAUUUUAAAUAAAGUGGUUCUGGUUUACCAGUUCUUUUAAUUCUCA